GACGUCAGGGCUGCAGCCUCCUCGGCGACAUGAAGCAAUUCCUCGCUCCAUCCACUCUUCUCCUUGUGGUUCUGCUCUUUCCAGGACUUUCCGGAGUCACACAUGCUAACCACCAGGACCCCGAGGGUCCCAGGAAACAAGAAGAAUCCCCGGGACGGGGAACAAACAGGUCUCACCCACUUCACCACCAAGUAAAGCGCUACCUUGUGCCUCGAGAGCCCCCCUUCCCGGUUUAUACAGAUACAGAACCAGGAUUCAAAGUUGUCAGGUGCACAAAAGGCGAUGGCAAAUGUCAAAAAUUUUGUAAUUACAUGGAAUUCCAAUUAGGAUAUUGCUCUAAAAAAAAAGAUGCCUGCUGCUUACCUUUGAACUGAGGUGUUGACAUGGAAGCCAAAACUCUGUCCGCUGCCUACUGGGCCAUCAGUCCUAACGCAGGUGUUUUGGACAAAAUCUGAAAGGCUGAGCAGAGAGGAACUGGGGCUUUGUCGGUGGCACCAGUCUAAACUUUCACUGGAGCAGAGGAAAAGAUGAAAAUUGCCACACGUGAUCUUUUGACGUGAUCUUAGAGAAAACGGCUACCUUGAGAUAUACAAUAUUUUCCAGAUCAACACA